GCCUUGCAGGUUUUUAUUGCCCUGCGAUUUUUUGCUACAGGGUCGGUGCUUGACAGUAGUGGAACAAUGCAUGGGGUCAGCCGAUCGACGACAUGCCGAGUGAUCCAUCGUGUGGCAGGGGCUCUCUACAACAGAAAGCAUGAGAUUAUCAAGUUUCCCUGUUCCGAUGACGAGGUGACAGACCAACAAACAAACUUCUAUAAGAUCGCACACUUCCCAAAGGUUGUAGGAGCUGUGGACGGUACCCAUGUUUACUUGCAUGGGGCACCACUUGGCCCCGAUGAACAUGUGUACAUCAAUCGAAAAGGCAGAUAUUCUAUCAACGUACAAUUGAUAUGUGACUACAGAUUCAAGAUUACAAAUUGUGUUGCUCGCUGGCCGGGGAGCACCCACGAUAGUCGAAUACUUCAGAACAGCAUUGUCGGACAUGAGUUCAUCAGAGGAAACCUCCAUGGCAUACUGCUUGGUGAUUCUGGGUACGCUCUUCAACCCUGGAUCAUGACCCCUUUCCUAAACCCUACUAAUCAGGCUGAGAGAGCCUUCAAUCGUGCCCACAGUUCAACCAGAGUCCUCAUUGAGCAGGUGAACGGGCAGUUGAAAAACAAGUUUCGUUGCCUUAUCGGCCAUGGCCUCCAAAUGAGCCCUCUGAACGCCAAGGAUGUUAUCAUGGCAUGUGCAGUUCUGCACAACCUGAGCAAAGACCUUAACCAGCCUGAAGUCCCAUUCCAACUAGUGGACAAUGAUGAAGAUGAGAUCCCUGAUCCUCCUGAUGGUGUGAAUGGUCCUGCUACAAGGGCACAGAUUGUUGCUAGUUUCUUUCAGUAGAUAUAUGGCAAAGUGCUAUGAAGUAUUUUGGAAAAUUUACAUCAAUCAUUUUCAUAUUGGGACAGUAUUCAAAUCAUUUCAAUUAAAUACGCUCGUCACGAUGGGACGUAUUGUGGUAUCACGCUUGGUGUAAGUCCAUCUGUCUGUCCGUUAACUUUUCCUUGUAAACACGAUAACUUCAGUUUAACUUAACCAGGCUCAUAUAAUUUGGUGUGUAUGAUACUAGCAUGGAUCCCAGGAAGCCUAUCAAUUUUGAGGUCAGAAGUCAAGGCCACAGUGACAUGUUUUAAUCUUACCCUUCUGAAGUCCUUGUAAACGAGAUAACUUUACUUUAACUUAACCUAGGCUCAUAUAAUUUGGUCUUUAUGAUACCAGCAUGGAUCCCAGGAAUUCUUUUGAUUUUGAGGUCAGACAAUCAAAGGUGAAGUCACCACCUUCCACUUUUCUUACUUGACCAAUAACUCAAUUUUCCGCUUUACAGGCGGCGUAUUAUAUGCUCGCCUUAGUGACACCCUUGUUUAAUGUUAUGGUUAAUCUUUGUAAAUGUACAAGGAAUCAGGAGCUCUGAAAAAUCUCAAUUCAUUCAAUGUUAAAGCUUAUGCAAUAUUGUGGAUUUAGGCAUUGAGUUGUGAAAAUAGCCCCAGAAAAUAAAACUUUAAAAAAUGUUUUUUUUUUUUACUGAUCCAAAUUCUCCACACCAAUUGACAUAAAUGGAUAUUUUUUUACAUGAACAUGUUGCACAGGAACUGUCUAUUCCGCUUAUUUUUCUUGGCCCAAACCCAAUAGAAUGGAACAUAUACAUAAUUUAUGCUAAAUUUCAGUCUUGUUUAGAAGUACAUGAAUAGAGAUAUUAUAUUAUGUGACAUCAGUGGCACCAUCUUUUGCUCAAUGAAAAAAAAAUGUAGUACCUUUCCUAUAUUCAAUUGAAUUUCACACCAUUUCCUUCUGGUAAUAUAUCCAACUCCACUUUUUGUUGAAGUGGACUUGACCUUUUGACUAUCAUGGGCAUUAUACUAUUGAAGUAGAGGAUUCAACUUGAAGGAAACCAUACCCCAUUUACAUGAAUUGUGAAAGACAAUAUCACUUUGAGGCAUUCUUGGUUAUAGGAAAAUUCUUGGUGCAAGAUAUAAGAGUAAAGACAAAGUGGAACAUUCAAGAGUUUAAUGAUCAUCAGAGUAUGGUUUCCUUCUUGUACAGUAUAUUCAGGAAAAGUCCACCUUGGAUUACCAUUCUGGAAAUGGUCCAGUCAGGAGAUAGGCAGAAUCAAAGUUU